GAUGUAUCCCCGUAAAGAAGGGAAAAUUAACGUAGUAGGUGGAAAACAUCGAGGCCGUAGCGCAGAAAAUACUGCGUUUGCGCAGCGCAGGUAUGGGGCACCUUAUAGUGCAGGGUACGCGCGACAGUGAAAGUAGCGAGAAGUCGGGCGCUGAUUGGUCGGUUGGCGGCCGAGGUACGUCGGAGCCUGGCGGGCACCCUCGUGCCUGCACGGCCAGGCCGUACGCCUUCAGUCAGUGGCGGACCGUAGACUUGGUAACAUCGUUUAGUGUUGCGUUCAUGUGUACAUGUUAUUAACACGCAGCCUGGUAUCUACGAAAUAAAGAAAAAAAAGGAUAAACCGAAGAAUAAAGAGGAACAGCUAGCAUUCACGUGUGUGUGAGUGUGUGUUUGUGUGCAUCUGUGUUGAUUGCAUUAUCGGAGUAUUGCCGGCAGAGUCGUAUAAAAUUUGUGUGCACGCGUGUGUGUGUAUGCCCCCAAGUGUGACGUAACGCGUUGCUACAUCGUCGUGUUUUGUUUAUGCGUCGCACAAUCGAGCUCCCGCACGAUUGUCGUCAAUGCACACGUGCAUAUCGUGGAUGAGCACUGCGCGGUAUGCAAAGCUCGAGUAAAGUCAGAAAGAUGUAUUCGUACUUCUUCUGAUCUUCUUCUGCGGUUCGUCAUUCCAGAGAGAGAAAAAAAAAAGAGAAAAAGAUACGAAAUUGUCGUACGUAAAGGUGGUGUGGAGAUAAGUGUAUGUGUGUGCGUGGUCGCACCAAAGAGAAAACGAGAAAGUAGAAAGAGAAAAGGAUACGACGAGAAACUCGGUCGUAGAAAAGGAGUGAGAGAGAAGGUUGGUGAAGACGGAGCAGCGUGGAGGAAAACGAGAAGAAGGAAAGAGAGAAAGAGUGGCGCAUAUCAGCGUGACGGAAAAGUGGAACGAACAAGAAAGAGACUCGCUCGAACGAACGUACACACGUUCUGCUGGUGACCUCGAUACACGGAGUACCGACUGUCCGUUCUCGUCGAUCGUGCGCAGCCUCAGAUACGGAGAAUUUCGCCAGUGAAAAUCAUGCAUUUCUACCACGGCUAUUCGGCUGGUUGACGUUCUCGAACAACGCGGCGUGCCUGUGAUAGAGAAAGAUAAACAGGCUUGCUCACUGGCUGCCUGUACGUCAUCUCUUUCUCUCUCUCUCUCUCUCUCUCUCUCUCCUUCCCUCUCUCCCUACCGCCCGCGUCUACUGCGUUCCCUUUUGCGCGAUCGUGACCCCGUUUCUUCGAUGACCGACACUCCGUGGCUGCUUGGCCGCCAUUAGAGGAGCCGAGAGCAGGGGAGAGAGAAAGAGAAACGAGAGCAACCGAGGCGAAACGAAGACGAUCGUAGUCUCCCGUCACGAGCUCCCUGUCUACGUUCACACGUACACAGGCGUUUAUCGCGCAUAUACGUACACACAUAGAAACGGCCUCUGACGAUAUAUGUGUUCGUGCAGCGUGCUGUUGCGUAGAGGAAGAGGGACACGAGGAAAAGCAGCGCGGCCAAGCGAGACGGACGAUGCGUGAGAGCUCGGGGACCAUGGACUCUUGACAGUGAAUCGAUUCUCUCGCGCUGCCCUGACCUCGUAUUCCUUGCCGCAAUUUCGGUCGACGAACGAAUUAUCGAGGUCAACGACUAGCGUAGUAGUUUCGUACCUCGUGUAAACAGAGUGUAUUGCACGCCGUCUCGCGAAAGGAAAAAUCUGAGGAAAUAAUCGAGACGUUAAACGAGACCACGUAGCCAUACGUGAAUAAUAAAGCCGCUGUGCGUGCGACACGGCACAGUGGCCGAGAUUUUUUCCCCAACGGAAGUGACGAGGAAAAUUGAGACGGUGGAGUCGAAGGAACAGCAAACGGUGGUCCUGAAGGUGGAGCAGGCUGACGAGAUGCUGCAGACGGUGCCUCGUGUGCCUGUCGCAGGGAUUAAGCGACGAUGGGGUAACAGGCACACCGGAAGUCUGCAGGAGUCGAGCCCAGAAGUUUCAAGCAGCGGCGUGUUAUCGCCACCGCCGAAUUUUCAACCCUCCACGCCGGAGAGCGCGGUUGUGAAGAGCGAAGAACUCCAGCUGUGGGAUUUAGACCUUCAUCGGGGUCUACAAACGAACGGGGAUCAUUAUCGGGCUACCAUCACCGCCACAACUACCACUACAGUGUUGCCAACGGUCACCGAUCCUGCCUCACCAUUCACCACCCCCAUCGAAGGUAGGGACGAGUUGUCGCAGCCUGGCUCUUUGAACGGGUAUGGGAGCAGCGGAGGCGGAGGAGGAGGAGGAGGAGGAGGUGGCGGUGGUGGAGGAGGAGGCGGCGGAGGCGGCGGAGGCAGCGACGGGUGCGACGCCAGGAAGAAGAAGGGGCCGACCCCGAGGCAGCAGGAGGAGUUGUGCCUGGUGUGCGGCGAUCGUGCCUCCGGCUACCACUACAACGCACUGACCUGCGAGGGUUGCAAGGGCUUCUUUCGACGGAGCAUCACGAAGAACGCGGUCUACCAGUGUAAAUACGGGAACAAUUGCGAGAUCGACAUGUACAUGAGGCGCAAGUGUCAGGAGUGCAGGCUGAAGAAGUGUUUGACCGUUGGGAUGAGGCCCGAAUGCGUGGUGCCCGAGUACCAGUGCGCCGUGAAGCGCAAGGAGAAGAAGGCGCAAAAGGAGAAGGACAAGCCGAACAGUACAACGAUGAACGGUUCGCCGGGGAGCGGGAUACGGAGCGACCAGAUGGGCGUGAAGAUCGAGCCAGCCGAGGCCGAGUCGUUGUCCACGUCGGGGAGCAGCGGGAUCUUGACGCCGGUCAGCCCUUACGGCUACGUGAAACCGAUCAGCCCCGAGCAGGAGGAAUUGAUACACAGGCUCGUGUACUUCCAGAACGAGUACGAGCAACCCAGUGAGGAGGAUCUCAAGAGGAUCACGAAUCAGCCCUCGGAGGGAGAGGAUAUAAGCGAUUACAAGUUCAGGCACAUCACCGAGAUCACGAUCCUGACGGUUCAGUUGAUCGUCGAGUUCUCGAAGAGAUUGCCCGGCUUCGACGAGCUGAUGCGGGAGGAUCAGAUCGCUCUGCUCAAGGCCUGCUCGAGCGAGGUGAUGAUGCUCCGAAUGGCGAGGAAGUACGACGUGCAGACGGACAGCAUAAUAUUCGCCAAUAACCAGCCUUAUACCAAGGACAGCUACACCGUGGCGGGUAUGGGCGAGACGAUCGAGGAUUUGCUACAUUUCUGCCGGCAGAUGUACGCCAUGAAGGUGAACAACGCCGAGUACGCGUUGUUGACGGCCAUCGUCAUAUUCUCAGAGAGGCCGAACCUGCUCGAAGGGUGGAAGGUCGAGAAGAUUCAGGAGAUCUAUCUGGAGGCGUUGAGGGCAUACGUGGACAACAGGCGCAGACCGAAUCCGGGCACGGUGUUCGCGAGGCUGCUGUCCGUGUUGACCGAGCUGCGGACCCUCGGCAACCAGAACAGCGAGAUGUGCUUCAGUCUGAAGUUCAAGAACAAAAAGCUGCCAGUUUUCCUCGCCGAGAUCUGGGACGUGACACCCUAGUUCCCCCGUGGCCGAUCCCCGUCGGCAAAUAGUGUUGUUUCAUCGCGAGUCCGCGCCGCGUCCAGGACGUUGAGGCUGACAGAGGAGUGCAGCGUCAUCGGCAGGCAUGAAACGCGGCGGACGUGGAGAGGAACCUCCUCCUCCUCCUGUACUAGUGCACCACCAUGCCACUGCCUUCCACCGAGACCUAGUAGUAGACAGGUGUCGUCUAGUCUAGGCAUCAUCGGCCCGUCGAUCAGAAUUCGCUUCUCACCUUCUUCUCUCUGGCUCUGCACCGGCCUCGUAAAGCUGUGAAACGUGGGGGAGGUGGGGGGGGGGAGGCUGCAGCAGCUUUCGGCAGUGCUAGUUGGGAGCUUAGACGCGGAGGAUACGAUGACACGUGUUUACAUCGUGUUAGCAGCGACGUGAGGAGGGACAGUUGUGAGAAAGAGGCAGUGGCGAGGCACCCAGGCUGUGAUACGUAGAGACAGUACAGAGACUGUAAUAAGGAGCUACCUACCAGUUAUGUUAUUACUAUAUUCUCUACCUGGCUACCCCCGGAAUCGAUAUGUAAAUGUAUAACGUGUACGUGUUUCGAAGGUAGCGGCGCUAUACAAAAGGAGCGGGCGCGUUGUAAAGGAGCAACAAAGCGUUGUUGGUAUGAAUGCAACUUUUGGAAUAGAGAAGUUGGUUGACGAGUUGAGGAGUUACGAAUGCGAGGGAGGGAGUGCCUGUGUAAUAAAUUGUUGUAUGCGUGUGUGCAAUUUUCGGCCGAGUUGUGACUGGAAAUGUUAUUACGAUAAUCGUGUUAUAUGAUUAUAACCGAUGAUAUAGAACCGACAGGAUCAAUAAUCGCACUCUUCUAAUGUGAAAAAAAGCUAAAAAGCAGGGAUAGAAAAGGAAGGAAGGAAGAAAGGAAGGAAGGAAGGAAGGAAGGAAGGAAAGGCCGGCUGUUGAGCAGCGAUCUGGCCUGGCCGAAUCGAGUGCGAAGUAAACAAAGAAAAAAAACAAAAAAAAAUGAUUAUUGAUGAUGAUGAUGAUGAUGAUGAUGAUGAAGGAAUUAAAAAAAAAAAAUAACAAACGAUACGAUUAUACAUAAUGAUACCAUAGAGUCUAUAUCGCAACACAUAGCAUAAUAAUAUAUUGCUAGCAUGUACAAUUGUUUAUACGAAGGAAAGACGUAAUUAAAGAGAUGGGUUUAAGGGAUGCGCCGGUUGAUCGUGAAGAUGACGAAGCGAAUGAAUGAUUCGGGAAGAGAGAACGGUUUUCCCGCGACGAGUAAGAUGUCGAAGACGAGGCUUGGCAUUUGCGCGCGUCCGAGUUUUCUUUUUCGCGAAAUGGCAAUGAAAAGGGGUUGCGCGAUGGGAAUAGAAAGGGAGAGGGAGAGGGAAAGAGAGAACAAAAGCGUGGUAGGACAAUGUAGGACAAUGUUAAGUAAAGUAAAAGUAAGCGAGGCUAGUUGGUAGUAGGUCGUAGUAAGUCAGUGAAGCUAGGCUAGGUGACCGAGUUCAAGUGCAAAGCCUUGUGCCUUCAGCAGCGGACAUCGGCUCACCAACAAACGAAACCAAUUUAACCGUCCGUUUUAAUUUUUUAAUAAAAAAAA